UUUCCAAAAAAUCUCAGCUCUCACCGACACUUUCGUAAUUCGAUUGAUUUAUAUACCGGGAUAAACUCUAUCAUCUCUUUUAUGAAAUAACCAUAAGUAUGGUAUAGAAGAUGAUGAUCAACAAUUACGUCUGAGAAAAUUCAAGUCCUUUAAUGUGUAAGAUUUUUAAAAGAAAUAUAGGUCAAUCUUAUAUUAGUCGUAUAGCAGGUUCAAAAUGCUGACGGCAGAUUUCGAUUUUUAUUACUAAAAGACCAAAUUUAAUAAUACAUGCAAAUAGUUUUUGGUAACACUAUCUUGUCCCAUUCUGCUCUACUUUAUCUUUUCAAAUCUAUCUAAUGUUUUUAGUUUGUUUUGUUUCCUCUGUUUGAUAAGCUCGUAUAUGUCUUCUCCAAAAUAAAUUUGCUAGAGGACAUUUUGUUUGAACGAUAUCAGAAUCUUAUGUGGUAAAAGGAAGUUCAGUUCAGUUCACAAGGUUGCUGUCGUUGGAAUCAAGAUUUCAAGAAGACUAAGGAUUGGUUGCACAUCGAUUGCAAAAUUCUGCGUGAAAAAAAAACUGCCUCCAUGGCCAUCACUAACGACGAUCUGGCUAACAACGAAGAAGUCUUGAAGAUAAGUGAAGAAAAGAGAAAGAUUUCAAGAAGAUCGGUUUCACUUCCAUCCACAGACAUAUUAUUAGACGAGAAACCAGGUUGGCCUUUUCUCAAAAUAGCACAAGCUCACCGUUGCCUCACACGGAAUGUCUCAGUGGUCAACUGGGUCAUGAGCUUACCUGACCGGUUUCCAGAUCAUCAACAGAAUCUAAACUCUGAGACAAAAUUUGUAGAGAAACAACUUAAGGACAUAUUGAAAGACAAGAACAAAUGGUUUAGCUACAAUGUUCUAAAGACAGCAACAUCAGAUUUCUCUCAAGAAAAUCUGAUUGGGAAAGGAGGGUCCAAUGAAGUGUACAGAGGGGUUCUCAAAGAUGGAAAAGGCAUUGCAGUGAAAAUCUUGAAAUCAUCAUCUAAAGAAGCUAUGACAAAUUUUGUUCAUGAGAUCGAUAUUAUCUCUUCUUUGAGUCACAAAAACAUCUCAGAGCUACUUGGUGUUUGCGUCCAAGACAAUGAUCUAAUCUCUGUUUACAACCUUUCAUCCAAAGGAAGUUUAGAGAAAAGUCUUCACGGUAAACAAAAAGAAAAGCAUGUACUGUCAUGGGAGGAGAGGUUCAAUAUAGCAAUCCGCUUAGCAGAAGCGUUAGAUUAUAUUCAUAACCAAUGUUCUAAGCCAGUGAUUCAUAGAGAUGUCAAGACUUCAAAUGUUCUUCUCUCAGAUGAGCUCCAACCUCAGCUGUCAGACUUUGGGCUGUCCAUGUGGGGACCUACCACAUCGACUAGAUAUUCGAUACAAGGUGACGUGGUUGGCACGUUUGGAUACCUUGCGCCAGAGUAUUUCAUGUACGGAAAAGUCAGUGACAAAGUCGACGUUUACGCCUUUGGAGUGGUUCUGCUUGAACUCAUAUCAGGAAGAGAUCCCAUUUCGCCUGAGAAUCCAAAAGGAGAAGAGAGCUUGGUCAUGUGGGCAAAGCCGUUGAUUGAGACUGGAAAUGAAAAUGAGCUGUUGGAUCCAGACGUAACAGAGAUAUCUGACGAAACUGAGUUUCAUAGAAUGGUUCUUGCUGCUACACAUUGUCUCACAAGAUCAGCCACACAUCGUCCCAGUAUUAAACAAACACUGAGGCUACUAAGAGGUGUAGACGACGUCGAGAAAUGGUCCAAACGGAUUAACGAAGAAGAAAACGGAGAUUGCUUCGAUGACGAGGUUUACCCGAAUACAAGGGCAGAAUUACACUUGAGCCUUGCGAUGAUGCUUGAGGUUGAAGACGAUGAAUCUGUAUCAAUCAGUCCCAUGGACAGAAGUAACAACAGCCUUUUCUCUUCUUGUUGUUCAUCUAGGGAACUUCAACCUUGCUUUUAGUGGAGUUUAUCUUAUAAUGUUUUUUGUUAUUUUUACAUAUUAUGAAAAAUAACAAAAGCAAAACCGAACUAUAGCUUUUAUUGUUCUCGGAAUGCGAC